GCAUCACUGUCAAAAUUGGAAAGUGAUAAAUAAAUAAAUAAAUUGAGAUGUCAAAUAAAAAUCAAUGAUUGUCCCAUAAUAAUUAUCCAGUCCAAUAAAUUAAAAUUAACAAAAAAAAAAAAAAAAAAAACACAAAAAAAAAACACAGAAAAAAACAAAACAUACCCCUGUUAGCAGAAUAUUCUUGUUCGUCGAUCUCAAUGCUUUCGCCUUCAUUUUCUGUGUUAAUGAGAAAAAUGAGGUGCUUCACUUCUUGUUCUGGGUCCUCAAUACCCCUAUGCUUUUCUACCGCUCUCACAUCUUCUUCUUCUUCUUUCUACUCUCGCUUUCUACAUUCCAAUACAAUCUUCGCUGCUUCUGUUUGAGCCUUCUGUUUUUGUCUCGAAGUGUCAGAGAAAAAGUAUCCAGUUUUACGUGCCCAAUAUCUCGAUUACAAGAGUGCUGAGCCAAAAUUAAUCGAUUCGAUGGAGUCGGAAAAGGAAGAUUCGGGUUUGAAAAGAGAGCUUUACUCAGUUAUAGAGCCUUACAGUUCAGGGUUUUUGAAGGUUUCGGAUCUUCACACUAUUUAUUGGGAACAAUCUGGGAAUCCAGAUGGGCAUCCUGUUGUGUUUCUUCAUGGGGGUCCAGGAGGAGGAACUUCACCAACCAAUAGGAGAUUUUUUGACCCCGAGUUUUAUCGAAUCAUUUUGUUUGAUCAACGUGGUGCAGGAAAGAGUACACCCCAUGCUUGUUUGAAGGAAAACACCACAUGGGAUCUCACUGAUGAUAUUGAAAAGCUCAGGGAACAUUUUAAAAUCCCAGAAUGGCAGGUUUUUGGUGGGUCGUGGGGAAGCACACUUGCCCUUGCUUAUAGUCAAUCGCAUCCGGAUAAGGUUACUGGACUAGUCCUUAGAGGGAUCUUUCUACUGAGAAAGAAAGAGAUUGAUUGGUUUUAUGAGGGUGGUGCUGCUGCUAUUUAUCCUGAUGCUUGGGAACCAUUUAGAGAUCUUAUUCCAGAGAAAGAGAGAGGAUGUUUCGUAGAUGCUUACAGCAAGAGACUAAACUCUGAUGACUUGGAAACACAAUAUGCAGCUGCUAGGGCAUGGACAAGAUGGGAAAUGAUGACUGCCCGUCUUAUUCCAAAUGAUGAAAACAUCAAGAAAGGAGAUGAUGACUAUUUUUCCUUGGCAUUUGCAAGGAUUGAAAAUCAUUAUUUUACCAACAAGGGAUUCUUUCCUUCAGAUUCAUACCUAUUGGAUAACAUUGAUAAGAUACGCCACAUAGACGCUACAAUUGUUCAGGGAAGAUAUGAUGUGUGCUGUCCUAUGAUGUCAGCUUGGGAUCUCCACAAAGUGUGGCCAGAGGCAGAUUUUAAGGUUGUGAAAGAUGCUGGUCACUCAGCCAAUGAACCGGGAAUAACGGCAGAACUUGUAGCUGCCAACGAACGGCUGAAAAGUAAAAUUAAGGCUGGAAGAUGAAAGGAUCAAUGAUGCCAUACCAUGUUUGCCGAGGCAAGCUUUGACAACCCCCAAGGUUUGGAGGUUUCUUGUGAAUAAGUUGAAGCAAGUUUCUUGAAAUUGCUGCUCCUCCAUCUGACUGUAAUGCCAAUUUCUUCAUUGAAAUUGUCAUUUCCUUUUUGAAAUGAAGUUUCUCACUGUGAACUCAACUUGUAGUUUUGUUGAUAUUUUGAAUAUGUUGUGUAUUCAUGCACAUUAUAGAGAAUUACAGUAUUCAUAUAUAAAUUUUUUCAUUACAAAUAAAUAAAAAAUGACGAGUAUUAGCACAUAGGCUAGUCAAAAAAUACAUGUGAAAAAAAAACGGGGAGCUUUUAGUACAAUUAAAAAAGAAUCAAUGAUAUUAUUGAACAAAAAAAAAUUCAAUGAUAUGAUUGAACAGCAUUACAACAAGAUACAACAAGAUAUCUAUCAUACAGUGAGGAACAAUUUAAGCCACCUUCCUCGUGCAGCUCUUUGGUACAUGAAGACUGAAAAUUUGGCUCCUUGGGUAUGGUACUCGGCCCUC